GCUUUGGUCAAGAGCUUAGGAGUAAUUCGAUUUCAAAACUGUAAAUGUCUUGUUAUCUUCUUCAAUCUCACUUGAUCCAGCAGAGCUGCUGUUCUGCACAGUAGGAGGAAUGUAUGAAAGUGAUAGCACUAGUAGGAAGAAGGGAGAUCAAGAGAGAGAGAGGAGGAUUAGGAAAGAGACUGCAGGGAACAGCAGGAACUCAAUAAAGUGUUGCAGAUGACAGGUGGAACACAUUGGGAUGCUUUACUGACGUACAAGACGAAAGAGAGCGAGUGAGACGUCUGGGAAGGGGCUGCAUGCCUCACUGUUGUAGAACAUGGCUAUCUGGGAUGGAAAUAUGCAGAGGAAUUUUUGAGGGAAAAGGGAAGAGCGAGGGAGAGAGAGAGAGAGCAGAGGUAGCAGGCAUGCAUGAGUGAGGGCCGUCAGACUCAUUGAGGAUCAAGAGAGAGAGAGAGCACAGAUAUAAAAAUACUCAGUAGCAACUGAUACUCACAUUCAUUAACUGACAACAAUAACUGCGUGUCAAUCUCAGUUGUUUGUUGAUAACAAGUAACAGACAGUUUGACUCAGAUCUCAGUCCUGUACAGAUGGGAAAGAGACAGUGAGAGAGGUACUGACUGUUUCCAAGACAUCCUGAAAGACCUGCAGCGUUGGACAAUGACUACUGCACCUAAAGAACUGGACGAGCUGUGCUACCUCACGGCUCAGUCCAUGACAUCACUGGUGACAUCACAGCACUUCAAGCUCAUCAAAAAGCUGGGAGAGGGCUCGUACGGCAAGGUGAUGCUGGCUGUGCAUCGGAGGAGAGGAACCCCAAUGGCUCUGAAGUUCUUCCCCCGUAGCUCCACCACUCUUCAAGCUUUCCUGCGGGAAUACAAUCUCUCCAUCUCCUACUGCACACACCCUUCUUUAACACGGGCUAUAGGCAUCUUCUACUCCACUCCUUCUAACUAUGUCUUUGCCCAGGAGGCUGGUCUCUAUGGCGACCUGUAUGAUGUCAUCGUGUCAGAGGAGGGGGUGAGUGAGGAGUCUGCACAACGUGUGAUGUCUCAGUUGAGUGGUGCUGUGUCUCAUCUCCAUUCUCUUGGCUUUGUGCACCGUGACAUCAAGCCAGAGAACAUCUUCUUGUGUGACCGUGCUUGUCGCUGGGUCAAACUGGGCGACUUUGGCCUGGCUCGAGCACAGGGGACCGAGGUCCGUGCUGUGUGGUACAACUCACCUUUCUGUGUGCCCGAGGUAGAGGGCGCCAAGACAGUCAGCGAUGCAGAGGAAGCGGAGGACAUCUGGAUGUCCGUGGAGCCCAGUUUGGAUACUUGGGCUUUGGGGAUCCUCAUAUACUGCCUGCUGACGAGCUGCUUCCCCUGGGAGGAGAGCACUUCUGAUGACCCUUCCUACUGCAAGUAUAGAGACUGGUUCAACCGAAUCGAACAGAGAGAGGAGGCACAAGACACUGUGAGGGAGGAGAAUGAAGCAGAAAUUGAUGUGCCCCCGCAGUUUGACUCUUUAAGCUCAUUCGUCCUCACCUUGCUGAGAAAGCUGCUGAACCCGCUGCCCCGGCUUCGCCCCGGGCCUGAUGAGAUCCUGUCUUACCUCGGGGGACCUUGGUUACUGAAGACAGAGAAAGAGGAGAUGAGGAGAGAGCUGGAGGCACAAGAGGAGGCCAAGAAGAUGUAUGAGAGAGGAGGGGUGGAAGCGGAAAAAGAGAUAUUGGGACGGAGGGAGAGAUAAAGUUCAUGCACGACAGCAAAAAUGUACUUUAUUUUCAAGAUUUUAUAUAGCAUUUAUAUUUUGGAAUAUAAGUUUUUUUAUAUCAUUUUAUAUCAUUUAUUUGAUCAAAACAGUAAUAUUGUUACAUUAGAAAUUAUUACAAUUUAAAAUAACUGUUUUCUAUUUCAAUACAAAGAAGCUGAAUUUUUUAGCAAUCUUCAGUGUCACAUGAUCCUUUAGAAAUCAUUCUAAUAUCCUGAUUUGAUGCUCAAACAUUAUUAUUUUAUGAUCAAUGUUGAAAACAGUUGCUGCUUGUGGAAACAAUGUAUUUAUCAGGACUUUUUUCAGGAUAAUUUUUUAUUUCUUUUUGGAUUAUUAGUGUCUGGACAUGGUUAAGUAGACAAUUUUCAUUCAAGAAUGGCUUAGUGUUCAGAUACUUUGGCCACAACAAUUCAGUGUUUCUCAUAUUGAGCUGGUAAUACUAAAACCAACAAUACUGCAAUUACCAACAGACUUCUCAGUUGCAAUGUAUAAGUAUUCACUUAACGUGUAGAGAGGAAAACUUGUAGAUGUAGAUUAAUAAUGCUCAACAGAUGUGGGUGGAAUACAUAAACACUGUUUCUACCUCAAACCAGUUGUUUUAAUGUUUAUACAUGUUUGAAUAAACUUGUUUUGGUGACUCA